AUGAUAAAUAAAUGUAAAGUUGAUAUACUGUAUCUCCUUGGGGACUCAUUAACCAAUAAUGUGGCAUUCAUCCCAAGAGAUAGCCGAAAGCUUGCCGUUAGAUUACUUGCGGUUGUCAAUGAAGAACAGGAACAUGAGUGGACCUGA